AUAAUAGAUCGAUAAUUUUAAUCGAUAACCUCGCCGGGUUUGUGUGUUCAAAAGAAGAGGUACGUUUUUGUUUGGCGUGUUGUUCCCAUGUCUGUGGAAGUGCUGAAGUAAUCAAAAUGAUGUCUAGAUCUGUCAGAGCAGAAACAAGAAGUAGAGCCAAAGAUGACAUUAAAAGAGUAAUGCAAGUGGUUGACAAAGUACGUCAUUGGGAAAAGAAGUGGGUGACAAUUGGCGAGACGACAAUGAAAAUCUACAAGUGGGUCCCAAUUUCAAGCAGUGAGCAGAAGAAAAAGGGCAAAGACCACUGCAACAAGGAGAACACAUUAGCAAGAAAAGCAGCUACUUUAGAUUCGUCUAAUUCUAAUUUUGGUCUUGCUGAGGAUUCAAACACAUGUUUCUCUAUGGUAAGUGAUUCUCAAGGGCCAACAGAUUUCUCUGCACAGCUGGGAUUCUCAGAGGACUCAAACUCACAAAGCAGUGAACCAAGUACAAAGCGGUUGAAGUCUGACUGAUUGGUCUCAAAAACUGAUGAUUCACCCUUUUAAGAAGCAUUUCUAAAUAUUUAGCUUUGAAAUGUACAAGAGUAAGUCAGUAGAUAAGGUGAAUUUAAGUAUAGCUUAAAAUGUGUGUUUCAUGCAUUAUGGUGUGAGCAGUCCCAUGGCAAGGUCAUAUCAGCACACAUUUCAUCUUAUGUGAUGUGUCAGUUUUCCUGAAUAAGUCCAUUAGCACUUUGAACUGUAACAAGUGUUGCUGCUUCAACCCAUCUACUUGGUUGAUGUGCAUCCACUAAACUUAUGCAGUCAUUUUUAACAGCUCACACCACACAUUUUUCAAUUAUAAACAACUAUCCUGAUGUUAUGCACAUAUUCUGCAAUAAAUUUCACUUGGUUCUACUCCUUGUGAUGGUAAAGCUUGAUAACACUUCACAGUUCAAAUACAGUGCAGUCUGAAUGGAGGAGCUGUCAUUUGAAAACUGUUAGUGACAGUAUUUUCAUCUAUGUACAUAAACUAUCAUUCUUAUUAUUUAAGUACACCAUCAAUAAUGCAACAGUGAUAUAAAAGACACCUAAAAUAUAUAUUUUUCA